AACGGCAGCGUUGGAAAUCGACAAGGAAAGACGCAGGGGAAACCCUGCAAUUGACAGGGAAUUCCCCUCUCCUCCCGUUCCUCUCCGGGGCUGGAUUUACCACCUCCCCGGGAUAGGGGGACGGGCUGACUCUCCUCGUUCACCAGGAGAGAGAAUCUAUUUGUGUUUUGAACUCUACAAAGACGGCCACGUUUUCAGUGCAUGCUCUUUCAAUUUGCAAACAAAAAGUUGACAUCUUUUUUUCUUGCCUUUUUUUUUGAUGCGGAAGAGGAUUAAGCCCACCAUCUGGCUUUAGAUGUUAAAAUGAGCGAGCUGGAAGCAAGAUUUACCACCUCCUGUUCAAAACACUCCUCUCAUUAAUCUAAUCCGCAUUUUCACCCUGGAUGGACAAGGGUGGUUGGUUCGAGAUCCAUGCAUUUGACUUUAUUUUGAAUAUAUGAAAUAGUGAUUGGGUCAAAAUUCGCAAGGAUAUUGGCGUUUGUGGAUCGUUAUGUAAACGGAAGCGAUAAAUGCACGAAGUGGCUGUCUGAAGAGAUAGCAAACAUUGACAAUAAAACGCCCCGUGUUCAUUCUGAGAAGGAAGGGGGCGUUUCAGGAUAUUGACUAGCGAACAGAAAUCACGGGAAAAAGUUGGCUUCCAAUGUUGUGACAGUGAUCCUGCUUUCCUGAAUUUGGAAAUUGGUCCGGUGCACUGGGAGGAUUUUUAGUGACGCGAUCCUCCCACGUAUCAAUCCUCAAUCGCCGCAACUAGGGUUCAAUCUACUGCAAGGAUAAGAAAUAAAUAAGCUGCCCCUUUUCCAGAUCUGAUUCUGUCAGGAUGGAGCAAGAAAAUAGCAACCAGCCAGGUCAGGAAGACAAAAGCAGGCCCGAGAAGAGGUUUUCCCUGUGGUACAUGGGCUGGUCCACACUGGACAGAAGGACCACCAUGCCAAUGUUACCCUGGCUGAUGGCUGAGAUCCGCAGGCGCUGUGAGAAGCAGGAGCCAGGAUCGUCCUUGGCUGCAAGGGAGGUCCACCUCAUUCUCAGCCCACCUCUCAUCAGGUGUGUGCCCCAGACCACCAGCAGUAUCUCAUCCGUCUUCAUCUUCGAGCACAAGGCGCAGCAUAUCAUCAGGUUCAUCCACAACAGUCAUGACCUCACCUACUUUGCCUAUCUCAUCAGGACCCAGCCUGACAAUCCUGAGGCCGAGAUGGCCUGCCAUGUUUUCAGAGGCACCGACCCAAAUCAGGUUCCUGAUGUCAUCAGCAGCAUCCGGCAGGUGUCCAAGGCCUCCCUAAAAGGGGACACAAAGUCACGGCAAGUCGGCGACGAUGCCUUUUACAACUCGCAGAAGUACGAGGUGCUGUACUGCGGUAAAGUGUUGGUGACGCACAAGAAGGCCCCUUCCACCCUCAUCGACGACUGCAUCGAGAAGUUUGCCCUGCACCAGCGGGAGAGGGAGCAGCUGAAGCUGCUGAACGAGGACCCCCCCAUCGACGACCCUUCCGCUGGGCAGGAAGAGGGAGACGGUGGAGGGGAGGGCGAGCUCCUUUGCGACGUCGCCGAUGAGGAGGAGACGGUCAACACCAACCUGGGUUUCACAAAUCUGCCGUCGGGCGGCGGCAGCCUGGGCGAGCUGUCGAGCCCGUGCUCGGUGCUGACUGAGCCGGGCCUGGCAGACAUGCCAUUCGAGGACGAGCAGGCCGAGUUCCGCUCUCGGUGCAACAGCGUCGCCAGUAUCCGGCCCAGGAAGGUGCCCGACCUCGCUGCUAAAGCACCAUCCAGGCGCCGUCACGCCAGUGCCCCGAGUCCCGUUCAACCCUCUGACACAGAGAAAAAUAGGACAAUGUUAUUUCAGGUUGGUAGGUUUGAAGUUAACCUCAUCAGUCCUGACACCAAAUCAGUUGUACUUGAAAAGAAUUUCAAGACAAUUUCAUCCUGUUCUCAGGGUAUAAAGCACGUCGACCAUUUUGGGUUCAUCUGUCGGGAGAGUGUUGAACCUGGUCUGAGUCAAUACGUAUGUUACGUGUUUCAGUGUGCCAAUGAGUCACUGGUGGAUGAAGUCAUGCUGACCUUGAAGCAGGCGUUCAGCACUGCUGCUGCACUGCAGAAUGCCAAGACUCAGAUUAAACUGUGUGAGGCCUGCCCUAUGCAUUACCUGCAUAAACUCUGUGAGCGGAUUGAAGGUCUCUAUCCACCAAGAGCCAAGCUUGCGAUUCAGAGGCAUGUGUCUCUUCUGAGUGACAAUGAGCAGGCUGAUAUUUUUGAACGUGUGCAGAAAAUGAAGCCAGGUGACGACCAAGAUGAGAACGAACUGGUGAUUCUCAUUCUGAGGCAGAUGUGUGAGACCAAACAAAAGAACCAUGCUCACCUUGGAGAGACCCCUAUGCCUUUGCCAAACAACGUGAUCCCAGAACAAUCUGCAAGCAUGGGCAGGUUCAAGCUCGACAUUCUGAAAAACAAGGCAAAGAAAUCCUUAACGAGCUCCCUGGAGAAUAUCUUCGCCAGGGGAGCCAAGAUGCGUGGCCGAUUAGGGAGCAUGGACAGUUUUGAACGUUGCAACAGCCUGGCUUCCGAUGCAUCCAGGGACGGUUCCCCCGGGGAGUCUCCUCCUGGAUCUCCGCCAGUCAGUCCUCGGGCAUCCCCUCUCUCGUCGCUGGGCCAGCCCUUCGGGGAACAAGACUCCGACUCGCCGCUAUUCCGGAGACGGGCGCACACCUUCAGCCACCCGCCCUCGAGCAGCAAGCGGAGGAUCAGCUUUCCCAAUGAGAAGCCGCACCAGGCCAAGUCGCCCAUCACCCGCCAGCAAUCGGAGAUAUUACAUAGCAGCCCCAUCAACAUCGUGAGACGUGGCCAUUGUAACACGGAGAGCGAAAGCACGUCCAGCAGCCUUCCCACCUCCCUGUCCGCCCCUUCUUUCCUGAAGUCCUUUUACACCAGCCCGAGCAGGCUGCGGCACCUGCAGUCUGACACUGGGAGCCCCAAGAGCGAUGGUGAAGGAAGGAGAAGGGCCUUCUCUGGAUACAGCACGGAGUCAUUGAGCGGGGUGGGGACCUUGCUCACUCCGCGCCGUAUCUCCUGGCGCCAGCGGAUCUUCCUGCGCGUGGCCUCGCCCAUGAACAAGUCGCCAGCCGCCAUGCAGCAGAAAGGAACGUUGACAGAUCACAUUGAAGGCAUCGAGUUGCCGCCGCUUUCUCCGCUUGCACCUGCUGUAGAGGAGGACCCCUUGGCCUCUCUGCUGGCGAUCGAUGACAUGCCUGAAGGGGAGAAGAGGAAGCAUUCCUCAGAGGAGCUCCGGAACAUGUGGCGAAAAGCCAUCAACCAGCAAAUCCUGUUGCUCCGGAUGGAGAAAGAAAAUCAAAGGCUGGAAGCGAGCAGAGAUGAACUUCAGGCCAGGAAAGUGAAACUGGACUACGAGGAAUUUGUGCUUUGCCAGAAAGAGGUCUCUGCAGUCUGGGAUAAAAUGCUGAGCACCCCCGGAAGGGCAAAGGUCAAGGUUGACAUGGAGAAGGUUCACACGGCACUUAGUCAAGGUGUUUCAAAGUGUCGGAGAGGAGAGAUUUGGCAGUUCUUAGCCGAGCAGUAUCGAUUAAGACAUCGGUUGGCGGAGAAGCAGCAACCUGGAGAUAUCUCGUACAAGGAGCUCCUGAAACAGCUGACCACCCAGCAACACGCGAUUCUAGUAGACCUCGGGCGAACAUUUCCCACCCAUGCGUAUUUCUCGGCUCAGCUUGGAGCGGGCCAACUCUCGCUGUUUAAUCUCCUCAAGGCCUACUCGUUGCUGGACAAGGAGGUGGGCUACUGCCAGGGCAUCAGCUUUGUUGCUGGCGUACUUCUUCUGCACACAAGUGAGGAGCAGGCCUUCGAAAUGUUGAAGUUCCUGAUGUACGACCUAGGCUUCCGUAAGCAGUACAGGCCCGACAUGAUGUCAUUGCAGAUCCAGAUGUACCAGCUAUCGAGGUUGCUACAUGACUACCACCGGGAGCUCUACAUACACCUGGAGGAAAACGAGGUCAGCCCCAGCCUCUACGCAGCCCCAUGGUUUCUCACUUUCUUCGCCUCGCAGUUCCCACUAGGAUUUGUUGCCAGAGUCUUUGAUAUAAUGUUUCUUCAAGGAACAGACGUGAUAUUUAAGGUGGCCCUCAGCCUGCUCAGCAGUCAUGAAGCAUUAAUUCUGCAGUGUGACAGCUUUGAGGCCAUUGUCGAAUUUGUGAAGUCCACCAUUCCAAAUCUGAGUCACUCACAGAUGGAGAAGACUAUUAUCCAGGUGUGUGAGAUGGAUAUCUCCAAACAGCUCCAUGCAUAUGAGGUGGAAUACCAUGUCCUGCAAGAUGAGAUGGCGGAGGGUGUGUCGCCUUGUGAUGAUGGGGAUCGCUUGGAGAAGCUGGAGAGAGCAAACAGUCAGCUCAAGAGGCAGAACAUGGAGUUACUGGAGAAACUCCAGGCCACACGCUUCAAGAUACAGAACCUGGAGUCCAGCAUUGAGAGCAUUCUGAGCCGAGAGAAUAAAAUGAAGUUUCAGAUCCGUUCGAUGGAGCAGGAGAAGCAGGCCCACCUAAAGACGAUAGAACACAUGCGCAAGUACCUGCCCCCGGAUGUCCUCUCUGAUGGGGAUCACCAGCCUAGGAAGAACUCUGUGAUUUUCAUGUCAAGAAAGCCAGAAUCGAUGGACGAAGAGGACGACAGUUGCAGAGUCAAAAUAGGAAACAAUAAGCCAUGAGGAAGGGAAUGCGACAAGUAGAAUCCCUGUAGCCAUCAUCAGGAGGAAAGUGUACGCUCUACCAGGCCUUUGAGCCGCUGCUUCACUUGGCAAGUGGCUGAGAAGAUAUAAUCAAAGGCCUUUGUAAGAAUGGGGAAUGUAGAGAGCUUGGUAUCUAAAGUCCCUUUUUGCAACAAAAAAAAGCAACAUAACUUUAAAACUCCCAUUGCCAGACUAUUCGAUGUUUUUUUGCAAGGAAAGCAUUACAGUGGGACACUGAAAAAUUUAACCCCGCGGUGACUGCAGCUGCCGUGGUAUAGAUGUUCUCUAGUCCUGAAACGGGCAUAGAGAUGCAUGAUCCUAAGACGAAAGGACAGAGUGGUGGUUCUGUGACGACUAUUCUUUUCCUGCCGUAUUUAGUCACUGGGUUGAGGGGGUGCGAGUCAACUCUUAGAGAAAUCAUGUUGGGGAGAAAUUAAUGCAUUUCCUCUGCAAAGAAACAGAGUGCUUUCCAUCUGAUCUGCAGUGGAUACAAAUAAUCGGAACAAUUAACUUCUUCGCGACUGCAAAUGGUCGGCAGCUGUCAAAGAAUAGUGAGGGAGCGCAGUUUAAUCAGCUCCUCCUUGAAUGCCAGAACUUGAACAAGUGCCAAAUCCCACGGCUUUCACAUCAGUUGAUGCUUCAGACUGCCAUUAAAUUGGAAUCCCUUCCUGAAGCCACAUACCAGCUAAAGUCUGAAGAAGGACAAUAUUAAGCAAGGAAGUAAACAAAAAAAAAUCAGAACUGUGCUAAUGUUUCAUCCAACCAAUGAGUUCUAUAGUGUUUAAUCCUCCACUGUUUAUGUGUUUGUUAUAAAUAUAACCAAAUCAUAUAAAAUGUCUAUACACUAUGUAACGGUGCAGUUUAUGUAAAACAAAGUCUAUUUUCUCCUUAACAGUGUCUGAUAGUGUUUGAAACAUCUUCCAGUAAGCCAACUUCAUGAAAUUCAAAUAAAAAGAGGAAAAUAA